AUGAUGAUGAUGAAGAUGAUGAGGAUGCUGCUGUGUGUGUUGGGCAGUGUGUGUGUGUCUCAGGCAGAGGUAGCAAUGGUCAACUCUGGGACAACGUUUACCUACCUCUGUAUGGGCAACACCAUCACACAUAUGCCCACACACAUCCCCAAGAACACCACCGACCUGUGAGUACACACACACACCCCGAGAUGUAAGGUCGGACGGGUGGAGAGGUGGAGGUGAUCCAGUUUUGACUGCUGAUGUUGCUGAUGGAUAUUCUAUUGAUUUUACUUACAGUGCAUUCUGAAAGUAUUCAGACCCCCAUUUUGUUACGUUACAGCCUUAUUCUAAAAUGUAUUAAAUAAAACAUUUUCUUCAUACAUCUACACACAAUACCCCAUAAUGACAAAGAGAAAACCGUUUUUUUUGAAAUUUUAGCAAAUGUAUUACAAAUAAAAAACAGAAAUACCUUAUUUACAUAAGUAUUCAGACCCUUUGCUAUGAGACUCAAAAUGUAGCUCAGGUGCAUCCGAUUUCCAUUGAUCAUCCUUGAGAUGUUUCUACAACUUGAUUGGAGUCCACCUGUGGUAAAUUCAAUUGAAUGGACAUGAUUUGGAAAGGCACACACCUGUCUAUAUAAGGUCCCACAGUUGACAGUGCAUGUCAGAGCAAAAACCAAGCCAUGAGUUCGAAGGAAUUGUCCGUAGAGCUCCGAGACCGGGUUGUGUUGAGGCACAGAUCUGGGGAAGGGUACCAAAACAUUUCUGCAGCAUUGAAGGUCCCCAAGAACACAGUGGCCUCCAUCAUUCUUAAAUAGAAGAAGUGUGGUACCACCAGACUCUUCCUAGAGCUGGCCGCCUGGCCAAACUGAGCAGUCGGGGGAGAAGGGCCUUGGUCAGGGAGGUGACCAAGAACCCGAUGGUCACUCUGAUAGAGAUCCAGAGUUCCUCUGUGGAGAUGGGAGAACCUUCCAGAAGGACAACCAUCUCUGCAGCACUCCACCAAUCAGGCCUUUAUGGUAGAGUGGCCAGACGGAAGAGCUUGAGAGGAUCUGCAGAGAAGAAUGGGAGAAACUCCCCAAAUACAGAUGUGCCAAGCUUGUAGUGUCAUACCCAAGAAGACUCGAGGCUGUAAUCGCUGCCAAAGGUGCUUCAACAAAGUACUGUGUAAAGGGUCUGAAUACUUAUAUGGCGUUUUUUAGUGUUAAUACAUUUAAUAAAAUGUCUAAAAACCUGUUUUUGCUUUGUCGUUAUGGGGUAUGGUGUGUAGAUUGAUGAGGGGAAAAAACAAUUUAAUCCAUUUUAGAAAAAGGCUGUAAUGUAACAAAAUGUGGAAAAAGUCAAGGGGUCAGAACACUUUCCGAAAGCACUGUAUUGUCUGUUUGAUCCUGACGAUUUUUGUUUUAACAGCUGUUGAUGUGGAUGUUGUUGUUGUCAUUAUUGCUAUUGUUGUCUCUUUGUGUUGUCAUGAUGUCGUUGGGUUGGUGUUAUGGUGUGGGGAUGGAAGGACGGGGGGAGGUGAAAGUAGUAGACUGCGGUAAACACUGUCCUCUUGCUUUUAUAGUUGAAACAUUUCUGAAGGAAUCUCAAGGCUAUCACCACAGAUGGGCAACAGUGUGAGCAUUUGUGCGUGCGUGCGCACACACACACACUCCUACAGAGACUUCCAGCACAGACAUUCUCUAAUACAAUAAUAAUACUGUAUAUGCCAUUUAGCAGACACUUUUAUCCAAAUCUACUUACACGCAUAUACAUUUUUUACUUACGGGUGGUCCCAGGAAUCAAACCCACUAACCUGGUGUUGCAAGCACCAUGCUCUACCAACUGAGCUACUCUCACACGCGCCCCCCCUGAUCUGAUUGAAUCCCAGCCAAAGAGGAUGUGACAGAGAUAUCAGGUCCCCCAAACACACAAACACACACACACACACACACACACACAGCUGGCUGCUGUAUCAUUCCCAGCAAUAAUGUGAACUUGUUGUGUGUGUUCUGUUUUCAGGUCAAGGCUAGGGAAAAUGUUUCAUUCAAAACCAGUUUGUUACUGUAUGAUUGGCUGAUUAGUGAAUGAGGUGCGAUCUACAGUCUAAUUGGUUGUUGUGUUUUACAGGGAGUUCAAACAGACUCACAUCAGAGUGUUUCCCCGAGAAGCCUUCACAAGCCUACAGCAGCUCACUACCAUGUAAGUGCGUGUGAGUGUGUUUCGUCUGUAUGUGUUUAGACUCUGAUGUGGAACAUGAUGAUUAGAAACACUGUAGAUAUGGAUCACCCAAACAGAGGAGAGGGAGACAGGAAUACCUUAUAUUAGUUAUAUAGUUAUGUUAUGGAAAAGGUUAUUUGUCAUUUAAUCUUCUGUCUUUGGUUUUUCUCCUUAGGAAGGGCUACAGCUAGGCUACUUAAAGUAACUGUCCAGUGAACAUCUAACUUUUAAAAGUUCAUAUUCUGUUAACUCAUACCCAAAUAAUGUUGUUGAUUUCUCCUAUACUCGUAUUUGUGGACUUCAAAAACCCCACCUCAAACUUGUAUCUCAAACAGAACGGAUAAUAAAUGCGCUGCUAUGAUGUCAUCCUCCUGAGCUGGCCAAUCAGCGGUCUACUCGCAUUAAUAUUUUUUAGGACCGGUAUACGCCCACACCAGUCUGUUGUUUAGGUGCGCCCACACCAUUCCAACACAGAAAAUAUUACUUUGGAUUUAUUUUUGGAAGGAAAACUAUUUCACUCAUAUUAUAAUUAAUUAUAGGUCAUAUUUCAUAGAAAUCUGGAAACACUGGACAGUUACUUUAAAAACAAGUGUGCUAUAAAUAGAUCAGCCAGUCUCACUGCUAUACUCCUCGGUCCAUUUCUAUCUUUUCCAAUCUUUCUUCCUUUCUCUCCCUUACUCCCUCUCUCCCUUUCUCUGACCAUUUCUCUCUCCCUCUCCCUCUCCCUCUCCCUCUCCCUCUCUCUAUCUUUCUCUCUCUAUCUUUCUCUCUCUCUCACACACUCUCAGUGUGCUAACAGAGAAUGGUAUGUUAGAGAGCAUCGGGGCUUUUGCAUUUGCUAACCUCCCCAGACUAACUGAGAUGUAAGUAUUAGUCCUACAGUACCACAACACAACAUUUAUACACCCUUCAACACAAUUCAUACCCCGCUCAUACACCAUUCAAACAACAUGAAUCCACCAUUCAUAAACAUCUCAAACACUAUUCUCACACCAAUUCAUGCACCAUGUGCAUAUUUCAAAUGUUUAAUGUCUGCUCCAGAACCAUCACCAAGUCGAAACAUUUGGUCAUCAUCCAUCAGCAGGCUUUCAUGGGACUUCCGAAGCUAAAGUACCUGUAAGUUCUCUAUCCCCUAAGCACUAAUCCCUUUGCCCUAACCCUAACAUUAACCCCUAAACUCUAACCCUAACCCCUAAGCCCUAAACCUAACCCUAACCACUACCCCUACUUCAACAGGCUUUCAUGGGACAGCCCAAACUAAUAUACCUGUAAGUACCAGUAAACCCUAACCCUUAAACCCUAAGAACUAAUCCUAAAUCAGUUGGCUUUGAUAGGACUGCCCUGUUUUUCAGGACCAUCUGCAACACUGGACUGAGGGUUCUACCUAACUUCUCCCAGAUCCACUCCACUGCCCUGAAAUUUCUGCUGUAUGUCACCAUGCUCUCUUACUGUAGUGUUUGUGAGUGUGUAUUCAGUAGUUCACAUGUUACUGUAUUGUGUGGGAAACAUGAGCUGCUUCUCUUACAGAUGUAGGAUCUUAAUUUGACUACAUUUUAUUGCACAGUAGGAAAUGCAAACUUGUAGUGUAUUCAAGGUUUCAACCCCCCCAAAAAAUGCCAUUAAUUAUAAUCCACAUAAUAAUUUCCUGUUGCUGCAGGAUAAUUUUCAAGACACACACAUUCAAGACUCACUCAUUAUUUGUGCGUGUGUGUACUCUGUGUGUCUGUGCACUCUGUGCGUGUCUGUGCACUCUGUGUGUGUGUGUACUCUGUGUGUGUGUGUACUCUGUGUGUGUACUCUGUGUACUCUGUGUACUCUGUGUACUCUGUGUGUGUGUGUGUGUGUGUGUGUGUGUGUGUGUGUGUGUGUGUGUGUGUGUGUGUGUGUGUGUGUGUGCAUGUGUGUGGUGCAGGGACCUGCAGGACAAUGUACACAUAGUGAUCAUCCCCAGCAACGCUUUCCUCGGCCUCACCACUAAUACCAUCGAUGAACUGUGAGUAGUAACAAACACACAUACAGAGUACACACACAAACACAGAGUACACACACAGAGUACACACACAUACAGAGUACACACACACACAGAGUACACACACAGAGUACACACACAUACAGAGUACACACACACACAGAGUACACAUGAGUAGCCACACAUCUCCCUGGAAAGAUUACAUUUUCACUAAAUUACUUUAUAAAUGUGUGUUGUUCUUCUUACAGACGACUGACCAAGAACGGCAUCAGUAAGGUCGAGAGUCACGCCUUUAAUGGAACCAAGAUACACAAACUGUGAGUCCACACACACACACACACACACACACACACACACACACACACAUACUCACACACACACACACAUACACACACACACACACACACACACACACACACACAUAUACACACACAUACACAUACACAAAGACUAUAACAGUUUCUCUCUCUGUCUUGCUCAGGUUUCUCAUGGGCAACCUGCAACUUUCCCAUAUGCAUAAUCAUUCCUUCAAAGGAGCAGAAGGGCCGGGGUUCCUGUAAGCAUAGCUCCACAACAACACAUCAGUGACAAUAUCAGCUGUCUUUUGUUUUUGUGUCAAAGUGUUGUUGUUGUUGUUGUCUGUGUGUAUUUAGAGACAUCUCUCAUACAGCGGUGAGUUCCCUGCCAGAGUCAGUGCUGGGUGAAGUUGAGCAUCUGUCCGCUGUCUCAGUGUUCUCUCUCAGAGCGCUGCCUCCCCUGUUCCUAUUCACAAAGCUACGACAGGCUAACCUCACCUAUUCAUCUCACUGCUGCGCCUUCCAUAAACACCAGAGGAACAGGUACAAACACACACACUCCAAGAUAGAAUAUAUCUGUGUAUAUUACGUCACAUAUAAAUGAGUGUGUGUGUGUGUGUGUGUGUGUGUGUGUGUGUGUGUCUGUGUGUGUGUGUGUGUGUGUGUGUGUGUGUGUGUGUGUGUGUGUGUGUGUGUGUGUGUGUGUAUUUUCGCAUUCUUGCGUGCAUUUCUCAGGACCUUACGGAUGAACUCUGCGUGCUUUAAACCCGGGGCUCAGAAUAACCACCACUUCUUUAUGGACUACUGUUUAAAUUGGACGUCUGUGGCCUGUAGUCCCACCCCCGAUGCCUUCAACCCCUGUGAGGACAUCAUGGGCUCCGCCCCUCUACGUGUCCUCAUCUGGGUCAUCUCUGUGCUUGCACUGUUAGGCAACACCAUUGUGCUGCUUGUGUUGCUAGGUCAGUAGAAAUAAAAGGAGGUUUUAUGUAUAUUAGAAACUCUUCAAGACAUCUUUAUCGUAAUAACUGUUUUUAGCACAAUAAAAAUGUGUGAAUGGUGACAAAUAUUGUAAUGAAAGCAGUUAUCGUGAUAAAACACGUUCUUGUGAUAAAAGUUAUUACUAAACUUCCCACUCACCCUUCUCGGUUGCUAGGCAGCCGAGCGAAGAUGACGGUGCCACGCUUCCUGAUGUGCCACCUGUCCUUUGCCGACCUGUGUAUGGGCGUGUACCUGUUGGUCAUAGCAACAGUGGACAUGCGUACGAGAGGUCUGUACUACAACCACGCCAUCAGCUGGCAGACCGGGGCGGGCUGUGACAUCGCCGGGUUCUUCACUGUGGGUAUACUGCAGACCUAGGAGGGUGUGUUUUUGUGGGUGUGUGUGUGUGUGUGUGUGUGUGUGUGUGUGUGUGUGUGUGUGUGCGCCCCAGCCUCCGUAUACUGAAGUUAUCUGAAUGUUUAUAACUGAUGCUCUAACAGUGGUGCUAUAUGUGCAGGUGUUUGCCAGUGAGCUGUCUGUGUUUACUCUGACGGCCAUCACCCUGGAGCGCUGCCACACCAUCACACAUGCCCUCAGACUGGACCGCAAGCUCCGCCUCCGACACGCCUGUGCUGUCAUGGCUACCGGCUGGGCCUUCUCCUGUCUGGCAGCUCUGCUACCCACUGUAGGGGUAAGCAGCUACAGCAAGGUGAGGGAUGUGUGAUGUUACCUGUUUUUCUACACUUAUUAUUUUGCCCAGCCUCUAUGCUAAUGUGGGUAUAAUGUGUGUGUGUGUGUGUGCCUGCAUGCAUCGGUGUGUGUGUGUGUUUCAGGUGAGUAUCUGCCUGCCCAUGGAUGUGGAGUCACUGCCGUCUCAGAUGUUUGUCAUGUCCCUCCUGCUGCUGAACGUGGUGGCCUUCCUGUGUGUGUGUGUGUGUUACCUGAGCAUCUACCUGUCCGUCCAUAACCCCUCCUCCCCCCCAGCCAGUGCUGAAACCCGCAUGGCUCAGCGGAUGGCCAUCCUCAUCUUCACUGACUUCCUGUGUAUGGCGCCUAUUUCCUUCUUCGCCCUCUCUGCCGCGCUCAAACUACCCCUCAUCACCGUCUCCGACUCCAAGCUGCUAUUGGUUCUCUUCUACCCAAUCAACUCAUGCGCCAACCCCUUCCUGUACGGAUUAUGCACCCGGACAUUCCGUCGGGACUUCUUCCUGCUGGCAGCGAGAUAUGGCCUGUUUACUACCAAAGCGCAGAUCUACAGGACAGAGAGUUUCUCCGUCCAACAGGCAGCAUGGAUCCAAAUGUCGCCCAAAGCCUCCCACGGGAUGCUGUAUUAA